AGUCUUUUCUCUGGGGAGGCAGUAAGGGGCCGUGGAGCUGGCCUCGGCCUCGGCAUCGGGAGAGGCUGGACUUCCUGUCUCUCUGUGCUGAAUGGCUGCGAUGGCGCCCGCUCUCACUGACGCAGCCGCUGAAGCACACCACAUCCGGUUCAAGCUGGCUCCCCCAUCCUCCACCUUGUCCCCUGGCAGUGCCGAAAAUAACGGCAACGCCAACAUCCUUAUUGCUGCCAACGGAACCAAAAGAAAAGCCAUUGCUGGGGAGGAUCCCUGUCUAGACUUCCGGAACAACCCCACCAAGGAAGAUUUGGGAAAGCUGCAGCCGCUGGUGGCAUCUUACCUCUGCUCCGAUGUAACAGCUGUUCCCUCAAAGGAGUCUCUGAAAUUGCAAGGGGUCUUCAGCAAGCAGGCGGUCCUGAAGUCUCAUCCUCUCCUGUCGCAGUCCUAUGAACUCCGAGCUGAGCUGUUGGGGAGACAGCCAGUCUUGGAGUUUUCCCUGGAAAAUCUCAGAACCAUGAAUCCGAGUGGCCAGACAGCUCUGCCACAAGCACCUGUCAAUGGACUGGCUAAGAAAUUGACUAAAAGCUCAGCACAUUCUGAUCAUGACAGUUCCAGCUCUUUCAAUGGGGGCAAGCGUGCUCUCUCUUCGCCCACUCUUCAGGGGGGUGAAGUGGGAGGAUCUGGAUCGGGGGACUUGAAGGGGGGUAUGACCAAUUGCACUCUUCCACACAGAAGCCUUGAUGUGGGACAUGCAACUCUCUGUAGCAAUAAUAGCACUGCACACAAAUCUUCUGUCAAUUCCAUGGAACAACCGGCACUUCAAGGAGGCAGCAGGUUGUCGUCUGGUACAGACUCCAGCUCUAACUUGGGGGGUGUCAAGUUGGAGGGUAAAAGGUCUCCCCUGUCUUCCAUUCUUUUCAGUGCUUUAGACUCUGACUCCAGGAUCACAGCUUUACUGCGGCGGCAGGCUGACAUUGAGAGCCGUGCCCGCAGGUUACAGAGGCGCUUACAGGUGGUGCAGGCCAAGCAAGUGGAGAGGCAUAUUCAGCAUCAACUGGGCGGAUUUCUGGAAAAGACUUUGAGCAAACUGCCAAACUUGGAAUCCUUGAGACCCCGGAGCCAGUUGAUGCUGACUCGAAAGACUGAGGCUGCCUUGAGAAAAGCUGCCAGUGAGACCACUGCUCCUGAGGGGCUGAGCAACUUCCUGAGGAGCGAUUCGAUUUCAGAAGAAUUGGAGCGAUUUACAGCUAGUGGUGUCGCCAGCCUGCGGUGCAGUGAGCAUGCGUUUGAUUCCGAUGUCACUGACAGCAGUUCAGGAGGGGAGUCUGACAUCGAAGAGGAGGAACUGACCAGAGCUGACCCAGAGCAGCAUCAUGUACCCUUGAGACGCAGGUCAGAAUGGAGAUGGGCUGCAGACCGGGCAGCUAUUGUCAGCCGCUGGAACUGGCUUCAGGCUCAUGUUUCUGACUUGGAAUAUCGAAUUCGGCAGCAGACAGACAUUUACAAACAGAUACGUGCUAAUAAGGGGUUGAUAGUUCUUGGGGAGGUCCCUCUCCCAGAGCAUACAGCAACAGAAUUGUUUCUUCCACUUAGCUGUGAGGUGAAGACAGACCAUGGGACUGAUAAAUCGGUUGAGUCUGUUUCUCAGCCACUGGAAAACCACGGUGCCGCUGUUAGUCAUCUUUCAGAGUCACUGUCUACCAAGUCAUGUGGAGCCCUGAGACCUGUCAAUGGAGUGAUUAACACGCUUCAGCCUGUCUUGGCCGACCACGUUCCAGGUGACAGCUCUGAUGCUGAGGAGCAGUUACAUAAAAAGCAGCGACUGAACCUGCUUUCUGCAUCAUCGGAUGGCACCUGUGUGGCAGCCCGGACACGCCCUGUGCUGAGCUGUAAGAAACGGAGGCUUGUCCGACCCAGCAACAUUAUUCCUCUUUCCAAGAAGGUCCACCGGAACAGCACACUCCGCUCUGGCUGCGACGUGAACCCCUCAUGUGCGCUGUGUGGCUCGGGCGGUGUCAGCACCAUGCCCCCCGAGAUUCACUAUGAAGCCCCCCUCUUGGAGCGGCUUUCCCAGCUGGACGGCUGUGUUCACCCCGUUCUGGCAUUUCCUGAUGAUGUGCCCACAAGCCUGCACUACCAGAGCAUGCUGAAAUCUCAGUGGCAGAACAAGCCUUUCGACAAAAUCAAACCUCCCAAAAAGCUGACCCUCAAGCACAGAGCACCCCUGCCAGGCAGCCUGCCAGACCCAUCUCGUAAGGACAGGCACAAGCUGGUCAGCUCCUUCCUGACCACAGCCAAGCUCUCCCACCACCAAGCCCGGCCUGACAGGACCCACAGGCACUUCGACGAUGUGGGGGCCAUGCCCACGGUGGAGCGAGUGACAGCGCCCAAGGCAGAGCGCUUACUCAACCCACCACCACCUGCACAUGACCCCAGCCAUGGCAAGAUGAGACUGCGAGACCACUCAUCCGAGAGGAGUGAAGUGUUGAAGCCACACGCAGACAUGAGCAGCUCAGGCUACUUGGCGGCUGCCCACCACCCUCCACACAGCCCCCUGGUGCGCCAGCUCUCCACCUCGUCAGACUCUGCCAUGGCCGCCAGCUCAAGCUCACAGGCUGCAACCAGCACAUCCGUAACCUUUGUCUUACAGCAGCCAGUGAGGAGGAGACGGGGGGAGAGCUCGUUCGACAUCAACAACAUUGUCAUCCCGAUGUCUGUGGCCGCCACAACCCGGGUGGAGAAGCUGCAAUACAAGGAGAUCCUCACUCCCAGCUGGCGAGAGGUGGAACUCCAGUCUCUGAAGGGCAGUCCUGACGAGGAGAACGAGGAGAUUGAGGACCUGUCGGACGCAGCCUUCGCAGCUCUGCAUGCCAAAUGUGAGGAGAUGGAGCGGGCCCGGUGGCUGUGGACCACGAGUGUGCCACCCCAGCGGCGGGGCAGCAGGUCUUACAGGUCGUCCGACGGCCGGACGACCCCCCAGCUGGGCAGUGCCAACCCCUCCACGCCCCAGCCCGCCUCGCCCGAUGUCAGCAGCAGCCACUCGUUGUCGGAACUCUCCCACAGCCAGUCCCCCAGGAGCCCCAUCAGCCCAGAGCUGCACUCGGCACCCCUGACCCCCGUGGCGCGGGACGCCUCGCGGCACCUGGCCAGUGAAGACACCCGUUGUUCCACACCCGAGCUGGGGGCGGACGAGCAGUCCGUCCAGCCGUGGGAGCGGCGGACCUUCCCACUGGCCUGCAGUCCGCAGGAGGAGUGUGAGGACCAGCUGGAUGCCCAGGAGCGAGCAGCCCGCUGCACCCGGCGUACAUCAGGGGGCAAGACUGGCCGGGACGCGGAGGCGCCUCCCACCUCGCCGCCCCCCGCUCCCCCCAAGAGCCGGCACCUGGCGGGCACGGCCCCAACACCACGCCCGGCUCACAGAUGAGUGGCCGUGGCCGGACUUGGCAUUGGCAUUAAAGCUCUCAAAGUCUCUGCGUUUGAUAUUCAAACAUCCUAAGCCAGAAAUGUUCACAGUUUUUAGUGAAUAUAAGGAAUCUAGGUCCUACUGGGGUAUUUUUUCUCGUUUCGGUUUUGUUCUGUUUCCAUGUUUCCUUGUCCCCCGAGCACUUCCUCCAUUGCAGGCAGCAGCUCAGGCUGAGCUGCUGGCCGGGGCCCCACGUCCGCAUGGUUGAAUCACUGGACUCCCAGGGCAGGCGGCGCCCUCCUUCCCUGGGCGGUGGGCAGAGGCGCGGAGGGUGCCGGGAGCCAGUCUCCGCCGGUGAGGAGCGGGGCCCUCCCUUCCCCGCUGCUUGGGGCUGGGCUGGGCGCUGGCCUCAGGGCUGGAGCCUCUGCUGCUCUCCCCCCUGCACUGGGCAGAGCAGCUGCGCGCAACCCGGGCCCUGGAGACCUGUCUGGGUUUCGUCUGCAUUCUGUCAUCUCUGUCUGCCUCCCCCAUGCAGUAGCCUGGCUGCACCACUCUCUCUCACACACACACCACCCCCCCCCCCCCUUGGCACCCAUCUCCCCCUGACCUGGGGAGCGGGAGGACAGCUUCCCUUCUGUCCCUCCCCUGCAUACCAGGGCUCUGGGCGGGAGCUGUCAUGGCCUCCCAUCCUGUCUCACUGCCCCCUCCACAUCCCGCCCUCUGUGUUGAUGAGACCCCCCCCUUCGCCUUGAAACACAGUCUGGUCCUCGCUGAGGUUCCCAUCGUCGGUCACCCCGUUAACCUUGUGCCUGUCUCAUGUAUAAUCACAUCACCAAAAAGGGGGAGGGGGGAAAGGACUUUUUUUUGGCCAUUUUGUAAUCGUAUAAAAAUAGUAGACAACUGCUUACUGGUUGGGGUUUUUUCACAAUUUUCAACAUUAGUGAGUUUUUUUUUGGUUCUGUUUGCAAGUUAAAGGGUUUGUCAUUGUUUCUUUAAAAAACAAUAAUGCACCAUAUCCCUAUGCAUAAAAGUGCUUCUUCUAUUUAUAAGGUUGAAAAUUCUGAAUAACCCUUUUAGCAUUGUAAAAAAACAAAAAAAAAUUGAAAAAAAACCUUGUAUUUUGUAAAUAUUUUCUUUUCCUGCUUUGAGCUGUGUAAUGGCAGCGACCACGUAGCUGUCCUUGUUCCAUAGAAACGCUUUUCUUCAGAGAAGCUGAUCUUUGUUAAUGUCUUGAUUCUGUUCGCAAAGCACAGACUAGUGCUUAAAAAAAAAGGAAGGAAAAAUUGAAAAAAAUAAAAAAAAAAAAAGAGUUACAGAA